ACACAAACUGGAAAGUCUCUUAAUGAUAAUAUUAUAUCAUAUACAGACGAAUAUGAGAUCUUUGAUACUCUAAAACAAGAAUUUUCCUAUUUUUAUGCUAACAAUAAAAAAAUAGAAGCCAAUCUAAAAGAUUUAUUUGUUCAUUAUUUAAAUGGUAGAAU